AUGCCGGACGACUCCUUGUGGUAUCUCAUCAUCAUGGGAGGCUCCGGCCUAGUCUUGGUCUUUGUGGGCUGUUUCGUUGUUCCACUUAUAUCCUUUCUUUGCAAAUUGCGAUAUCCGCCACUCUCGGAGGAAGAACAACGACGAUUGAAUGAUGCCAACGAUCAAACGUUGCAAUCUUUGCUUCAACUUGUGGACAAGCAAGCUGUGCAUGUAUCGGAUGUUAUGGAUCGAUCGAAUAAUACCGGUACAAUUAGAUACAAUGGGCAGGAUCCAUCGAACCAAAAUGACCUUUCCACGACUUUUGCAGCAGCACCCAAUCACAAGUCACAAACAGGAUCAGCAUCAUCAUCAUCAUCAUCAUCAUCAGCAGCAGCAGCAUCCUCAAAAAAGGGGUCAUCAGUCAAUAAGGGUUUCUUUUGCACAACUCUAAUAUCGACUGCCUUUGGCAAUACUCAUGAUAACAAUACGAGGAAUUGCGGGAAUAAGAUUCAUGGCAAGAUGAAAGAGACGAAGCAAAAGAGGAGGAGGGACAAUAAGAGUAAGUCCAACAAGACGACAGAUGAGUCACAACCAACAUUAUUGUCAAACGACGGUGGUAAUGGUGACGAGGAUUAUGAUGUCGAAGCUGCCAAUGAGAAAGAAGGUACCAAUACGAUGAAACAGCAACCAGUGGACGUCUUUUCAGAAAAUGACAAUGAUGUUGCAGGUGACGUGGGUGAAAAGGCAGCAGGUGCUUCCACUACACCUUUGCAAUCGUUGGAUGACCAACAACACCAGCCACAACGACGAGAUCAAGAUCAAAAUUUCCUCGCCUCUUUGGAUUCUCAGCAUGAUUCAAACAAUAAGACUAUUGGUACCACUUGUGCCAUUUGUCUCGAAGAAUAUAAUGAUAAUCAUCAUCAUACAGAAGACGAGGUCGAACAACAAGAACAACAAAUCAUUUGCGCAUCCGGUGGAUGUUCGUCGCAUUACUUUCACAAGAAUUGCAUGAAAUCGUUGAUACGAUCACGUGCUCGAAAGGGAAUCUACGAGGUGGUGCCAUGUCCCAUUUGUCGGUUGUCUUUUUUUGCGCCAACUACUUGGAAUCUUCAAGUCAACAACAACAACAACAACAACAACAACAACAACAACAACAAUGCAACAACAACUGGUACUGGUACUGGUACUGGUACUAGUACUAGUAUCAGUGGAGAGAAUGCUGGUGGGAAUCAACAACAAAGUUACAAUAACAAUGAUGACACCAUGGAUGACGUGGGAACUACUAUCAGAACGAACACAAUCAUAUCGAAUGAAGAAGCAUCACCAGCAGGCGAAGCAUCAUCCACCAGUUCGGUUCCAGAACCAUCAUCAUUAUCAGCAUCAGCAUCACUGUCAUCAUCACAAUCACGACCAUCCCAACCAUCAGCGCCAUCUUUGGAACGACACAAUAAUGGUACCAAGAGUACUAGUUCGGAAAAUGAUACCAUUGUCAAUUCCACUUGCGUCAGUGGGCCUACUGCUCAUGAUAAUGGUAAUGACAAUACCAAUGCCACUGUCACUCGGUCGAAGAAGAAUAAGAAAAAGAGCAAGAGAAAAUCCAAGAAACCGACGCAAGAAUAG